UUUUUUCCCAAAAAAAAAUAAAAAAAAAAAAUAACCCUUUCUUUUUUAUACACCCACCCCCGCAAAAAAUUUAAAAAAUAGUACAAAAUGGGCAUCUUUGGUAUGGGAUCUAGCAACACAACAGAGACAGUGGAUGCUGAUGAGUUGUAUUCACCCAGUGGUCAAACCUCGUUCGAGACCGAUAACACAACUUCCUUUGGACUCGACGAUUCAGGCUAUGAAAAGAUGCCUGAUUUCAUGUCCACUAUUUCUUUGGACGCCAACAGACUUCAACCCAUGUCACUUCAAGGUCUUGACUUUUUACAAGUGGAAGAUAGCGGUCCAGUUGGAUCUUCUUCUGGUUUUGCUCCUUCUCGUGGUUGGUCUGACGAUCUUUGUUAUGGAACAGGUAGUACUUAUUUGGCAGGUUUGACACUUGGUGGUGCCUACGGUAUGAUGGAGGGUUUAAGAAAGAGUCAAGGUGCUACCAAAGUGCGUCUUAACACCACUUUAAACUCCAUUACUCGUAGAGGUCCUGGUGUUGGUAAUGCCGUGGGUGUCAUUGCCAUGAUGUACAACGGUACCAAUUCUUUGAUCGAUUACACAAGAGGUACUCAUGAUGUCUUUAGCAGUUUAGCUGCUGGUGCCAUUUCAGGUGCUAUCUUCAAAUGUACUGCUGGUGCUCGUGCUGCAGGUAUCUCUGCUGCUGUUUGUGCUGGUGUAGCAGGUGCUUGGUCAGUUUUGGUUGAUGUUAUGACUGGAUAAAAACAAAUAGAUUAUACAUAUUAAAAAAUAUACAACAACAACGACACUUUAUAUAUAUAUAUAUACAAAUA